UAAUCAUUCAUUUCCGGUUAAAACAUUAAACAUGGCUGAUGUCUUGAGCAAUUUGAGACAGUACAACAUCAACAAAAAAGAGAUAAAAGAAGAAGAUGAUCACGUUGUAUUUGGAGAACUUGCAUGGCCCAAGACUGUCAAAACAAAUUAUGUUAUCUAUGGUACUGGCAAAGAUGGUAUUCCCAAAGAAUAUUAUACCCUAGAUUGUAUUCUUUUUCUGCUGAAAAAUGUACAACUGCAGCACGCACUUUACGUCAGGGAGGCCGCAGCUAAAGGUGUACCAGUGGUUCGUCGCCCAGACAGAAAAGACCUGCUCUCAUAUCUAAAUGGAGAAACAUCAUCUUCAGCAAAUAUUGACAAAAGUGCUCCCUUGGAGAUUCCCUUACAAAAGCCUCCUCAAGCUAAGAGAGGAGCUACAGACACACAUGAAGGGGACAAAAAGAAACCAAGACUGGAGGAAAAGCAAGUACAGGAAGCCAGAUUGAACUGGAUCAACAAAAUUGACGCACCAAGGGAGCAUUCUGUACUUCCAGCAGCAUUAGCCUCUUCUUCCUUACCAGAGGCAAUGCCUUUGGAAAAGAUUGCAGCCAUCAAGGCCAAAAGAUUGGCAAAGAAGCGAACCAUGAUCAAAGUGGAUGAGAAUGACAUUCAGUCGGGGGCGUUAGAACAGAGAAGUUUUGUGGACGCUGAGGUCGAUGUUACGCGAGAUAUCGUCAGUAGAGAACGACUGUGGCGGACAAGAACAACCAUCCUACAGAGUCAGGGAAAACAAUUUGCAAAGAACAUAUUUGGAAUUCUGCAGUCUAUAAAGGCUAGAGAAGAAGGCACCCAGAAACAUCACCCAGCCCCCCACACACCAUCAGUGGCCCCGGCCCGGCCCCCUCAGCCAGUUGUUGGAUAUAACAGAUACAACCAGGAAUCAUUCAAAAGCAAAGAAGACACGGGAGAAUUUCAGAUUGAUACAAACAGAUCUUACCACGGAAUGACCCUCAAGUUUGUGACAGAGGGCGGACCUUCACAGAAGAAACGCCCAGAGCCACAAAGACAGCAACCACAACCAUUACAGCCAAUGUCAAGGCCAGUGUCACAGGCCAGGCCUCCACCCAAUCAGAAAAAAGGGUCCAGAACCCCCAUUAUUAUAAUACCUGCAGCAACAACAUCACUUAUCACAAUGUUCAACGCAAAAGACAUAUUACAGGAUCUGAGAUUUGUCAGCACAGAUGAGAAGAAAUCCCAGGGCACAAAGAGAGAUAACGAGGUGUUGAUACAGAGAAGGAAGACAGGGGGACUAACUGUGCCAUACCGAGUCAUCGACAACCCCCUAAAGCUUUCUCAGGAUGACUGGGAGAGAGUGGUUGCCGUGUUUGUACAGGGUCCUGCCUGGCAGUUUAAAAACUGGCCCUGGAAUGGAAAUCCUGUGGAAAUAUUCUCCAAAGUGAAAGCCUUCCAUUUGAAAUGGGGAGAACUUCCUUUGGAACCCAAUGUACAGAAGUGGGCGGUGACAGUGUUAAGUCUGGAUACAUGUAUGGGAUAG